AUGUGCAUCUCAGAGGCAGUGCAGAUCGGUACUGAUCAGACCUACCACAAGCCGAAGGAUCUAUCGUCCUAUGGAGGAUGCAGACAGACCUUCCAUGAGCCGAAGGGUCUACUGUCCUAUGGAGGAUGCGGACAGACCUUCCAUGAGCCAAAGGGUCUAUCGUCCUAUGUGGGAUGCGGACAGACCUUCCAUAAGCCGAAGGGUCUAUCGUCCUAUGGAGGAUGUGGCCAGACCUUCCAAGAACCGAAGGGUCUAUCGUCCUAUGGAGGAUACGGACAGACCUUCCAUGAGCUGAAGAGUCUAUCGUCCUAUGUGGGAUGCGGACAGACCUUCCAUAAGCCGAAAGGUCUAUCGUCCUAUAGCAGACGUAGACUCACCUUCCCGGUUGAAAUGGAAUGCGCCGCACGCCACAUAGAGGCAGUGGGUGCCUUCUGGGUUGAAAUGGAACGUGCUAUGCAGGCAGUGGAGGCAGAGGUAUCCUCCUCGGUUGAAAUGGAAUGCGCCGUGCGCUUGGUGGAGGUAGGAUUCUCCUCCCUGGUUGAAAUGGAACGCGCCGCGUGCCAAGUAGAGGCAGUGGGGAUAACCCCAAGUCAUCUCUCCUUCCUAUUUUUCGACGACAUGGCUCGCCGAGGCAAGAGCAGAUCCUGCAGUCCCGCGUCGAAGCAGCGGAUAGCCACAGAGCGCUGGCUUGUGAAGCCAGGAGUGCGAGAAACUCGAAACGAGAAGGCUCGCAUUCGAGCUGCUCGGAAUAGGGCAAGGAAAAAAAGGGUUCUACCUUGCGAAGCGCAUGACACGCCUGUCACUGCUUCAGACCAUGAAGACUAUGAUUCUCAGUAUGACGCCACUGAAGCCGUGCUCACCUUGGACCGUAAUGAUUCCGAGUGUGAUGCUACCGAAGCCGUGCUUGCGAAUGACGAUCUACCUUAUCUCACAGACGCCAAUCUGCCUUCUCCUCACAACUCUCCCUCGCUGCAAGCGAUUGAUGAAGAAUCGUGUUACGAUCGUUCAUUCGAUCCUGACGAAUCUAUCCUCACGAUGGACAACGAUUUAUCGUGUGCCUGUGACUCUCCGUCACUGCAAACGCUUGAGAUCCUCGUCGGGCAGUGGCGAAAGGAGUGGCUGUCUGAAGAAAUCUGGAAUGAGGCAUACGAUGAAGCACUUUGUCGCGCUCUGAGCAAGGGGGAGCACACUAUAUUUGUUGAGCAGUGUGCACAGCAUGCUUCAGAGGGUAGAUCACUGCUGGAAAGUAUCAAGGACGUCGUGCACACUCAUUGCCCGUGUUGCAGGGAACGCCUGAAGUAUGAUACAAUAUUACUAUAUGAUUUACUGGUUAGUGUCACAUCAGAGGUGAAAUUUUUCGAAGUCAAAUUAGUUGUAGACACCGUCUGUAACUAG